GGGCCGUGCCCUGGGGCGAGCGAGCGUCAGGGAAGGCGCUCUGGCUCCUCCUCCUCUCGCCUCCUCGGUGAGCUCACAACCCAGCCUGGGCGGCCCCUUCGACGGACCGGCGCGCAGUUGCCAAAGCGCGCUUUGGAGAGAGAAAGGCGAGCGCGGCGGAUAAGAGAGAAGCCUGCGUGGCUGGGUCAGGAAAGCGAGCGAGCGAGCAAGAGGCAGGAGGAGGACGGAGAGAGCCCCCAGCACCAGGGCGAGGCGCGUUGUGAUCCCGUCGAGGCGGCGCCCGCGGCUCCCUCCCCCGGACCCCCUGCGCCUUCGCCCGGAUCAUGGGAGUCUAAGCGCGGCGCAACCAUGGCCAUCAACACGGAGGCGCCGCUGGCGAAGGCGCUGGAGAACUCUCCUCCGCCUGUGGACUCGCAUGAGACGGAGAAGCUGCUGACCGCCGUCGGGGUAGCCCCGAAGUCCUUCUCAGCCAGUGGAGAAGACGGCGAUGAAGCCCCCGCCGGGGGCGAGGCCGAGCGCAACGGCCACCACAGCCUGCCUUACCAGUCCGGCUCGGAGGGGAAGCUGGAGGCCACGUCGCUCUCGCCGUCGCGGCUCAGCCUGGGGCGCGCCUCAUCCACGGCCACCACCUCCAACCUCCACGAGCCGGGACGCUCGCGUGACUACCUCCCGUUGGCCAUUUUCUCCUGCUUCUGCCCCAUCUGGCCCCUCAACAUCCUGGCCUUAGUCUUCUCCAUCAUGUCUAGGAACAGCUGCCAACAGGGAGAUGUGGACGGAGCACGGAGGUUGGGGCGGGUUGCCAGAUUCCUCAGCAUCAUCUCCAUCGUCCUGGGGACCCUCAUCAUCUUGGUAUGCACACUGAAGUUCACAGGUUACCUGCAAUCCAAUUAGCAUGAGCAAAGCUUGAAGGAAAAGGAAGUGGUCCUUCGAGCUGCA